AUGAGUUGUAAGUUUAAAAUUAUUGAAUAAACAAGAGAGAAAAAUAAAUUUUAAACAGAUAGUUAUUAAUUAUAUCAAUUAAAAAAAAGGAAAGUUGAAUAUUAAUAAAAAAAGAUCAAUAUUCAGGAAAUUAAUAGAAGCGGAGAGAUAUAUCAAAACAACAUUACUAAUGAACAUAAAAUUAAAUUAUAAAAAGAAAUAGAAUAAGAAAGAAGAAACAAUAAUCCAAAACCAAAAACCCCAUUAAUGAAUUGCUUUAAAAUAAAUAAGUCAUAGUCUCGAAAUUCUGAAUAACCAGAUUUAGAUAAUAAUAAAUAUAAAUAUAUAAAUAAAUAGAGAUAAUUAAAGGGUGACUUUCAAAUUCAAGAACAACCAAAAAUAAAUACAUUAAUUGAUAUUUUUUAUUAACAUGGAUAUGAUAUUAUUAAUAUUUCCAAUAAUUCUGAAUAUGAGAAAUUACUAAUAUUUACUAAUAUCCUAUUUUAUUAUGAUAAAGAUCAAUAAAAUAUUGAAAUUCCAUUAUAAUAACGAGUUUGUUUAUAUAAAAUCAAAGGAAAAUUGUAUCAAACAAUUUUUGAUGAUAAUAACAAUCCUAAAUAUUAAAUUUUAGAGGGAGAGUUCCUAGUUGAUUUAAAUAAAAACAAAUUUUAAUUGGAUGGAUAAGGAAUUGAAUAUUAAGGAAAAUCUAAUCAGAUUAAAAAUUAAGGGGAAUAUAGAAAGGGAGUAUAUGUUUAGAGGAUACCAUAUUCUGAAAAUAAAUCCACAUAUAAAUCAUAUAGUGUUGAGCCAAAAAGAAUUAAAAUAUUAGAGAUAGUUGAUGGAUAACCAAUACAUGUAAAUAAGAAAAAUGAUAAGAAAACUAUAUGGUGUAAAUAUAAUUAAUAAUUUGGAAUAAAUGAUUUAAUGAUAUUAAAUACUACUAUGUGGUUAAAUAGUAGCAUAAUUGAUUGCUAUGUUUUACAUCUUAAUAAAAUAAGUUAAGAAGAAUAUUUUAAAUUAAGUUUAGAUUAAAGACAAAAAAUAAAUAGAAUAUAUUUUGUUACUAGUAGCUUAAUCACAAAUUUUGGUAAAUCUUACCAUAGCCAUUAAAAUUUAGAAUUAUUUACAAAACACUUUCUUGAAUUACAGGAAAUAAAAUUUGAAAUUUAAACUAUUUAUUCUUAAAUUGGUUUCCCUAUUAAUUAAAAUAAACAUUGGUAUUUUUUAUUAUUUGAUUUAAAAGAAAAUAAAGUAGAGAUUUUUAAUUCUUUACUAAGUUUUCAUGAUGAUAAAUCCUUAAUAAAAUACUUAUCAGAGUUAUUAAUGCUUAAAAAUCCAUAAAUCUCUAUAAGUAGCAUCUCUGGUUAACAAAAAGAUGGUUAUUCAUGUGGUUAUCAUGUUUGCUAAUUUAUGUAAACUUGUUGGGAAGCAUCAUUUUUAAAAUCUACACAAUAUUAAUAUAAUGAGAAAAUAAUGAAAACCAUUUUGAAGGAUUUGAUUAAAGAUGAAGAGAAUAAGCAAAAUUGA